GGAAGUGCUGCGAUAUAUUGUACAUCAUCAAAUCAUAUCCAUUCUCCUUAUUUUCCAGAGAUACUGACUAAUCCUUCUUUAAUAGAAUUACAAGAUCCUACUUGGCAACAUGGCUGUGAAACUGUGAAGUCCAAUAUUAUUGUGAUACAGAUGCUCCUAGUGUUAGACUUUCUGGCUAAUCAGGAAGAUCGGCAACGUCGCGAAGAUAAGCAAUCACGUGAUCACUGACGUCAACACAAGACAAAGACGAAAUUACUGGUUGUUGACUCCUGUCCUGUCAAGUCACGUACAUACGCAAACCAAGGAUUGAGAGCAGGUAAGAUAAAAAUUCCGCGUAAAUAGUUAAAAAUUGCAUGAUUUUAUAAUUCUUGUGGAUUCCAAGUGCAAUAAUAAGCUUUAUUUCUAUUACAGAGGACUACAACAAUGUCAUCUACUAAGUCCAGUGUGGAUGAUCUCCUUGGAGAAUCAUGGGUAGAUGUGAGCUUUGGCUCUACAUGUUCCCAAGGUGGUGGCACUCCUGGGUCCAUAACUCAGCAGCUUACUGUAGAGGACUAUCUGCGCCUGCUUAGAGAGGCUCAAGAGUCAAACCAGUCCUCUGCUAGAGUUUCUUUGGCUGGAUCUCGCCGAGAUUCUCCACGCAGCAGCCCAAAGUCGCCUCCCAACAGCCCUGUCCAGGGCAAUUCGCUGAACCUUGAGUGGCAGUCCUAUUAUAUAAACUCUGAGAGCAGAGAUACCAGUUUUGACUCGGACUUCUUCAACGACUGGAGCAGUCGUCCGGACCAAGCGCCACCGAAGAACUGGAGCUUCCGCGCUCCCAAGCGCGACCUGCUGAGCAUCCGCUAUGCUCGCGUCGGAAACGAGAGUGUUUUCUCUCGCAAGGGGCUUGCAACGCUUUUCCUCACCAAUCUGAUCUCACUGUUGCUAGGGGCUGGCGUAGGCGUUUGGCUCACUAAGCAUGGGCUGUUCAUGCCCUCAGUUAAGGUCCGUUAGGUUGCGCUUGCGCUACCACCGUGACCGGUUUUGUAUUUUGGAUGUUUGUAUAUUCCUUUGCAUUCGAGACGGUGGAUCACUUGAAAUAUUUGUCCCAGGGCUAUAUGAUCAAACUCCCAGCAUUGUCAGAUUUAUUUUACUUUAAAGUCGCUUUUCUCUAAAAAUUGCCGUUUGACCCCCAUGUUAUACGAAAUUUUUUGCAUCUUUUAACCCGUUCUAUCACCCAUUUAAAUAAUGACGAUCAUAACGUUUACACCUUGUACGUUCGUAAUUUUGUAAUUUUUAUACUUAUGUAUGUGGAGUGAAACAAAAUUCGGAUAGGUAUAUAUGUGUUUUUCUUUCCAUACAUUUAUUUGGGAAAAUUAAUUCCAGUAUUCUGUACUAGCUAUUGAACUUAAAAAUAGUAACUUUGACAGUCUGCUUCCUUGUAGUGGCUCCUGCUUUUGAAAAAAUACGUUCGGAAGGAACGCUUGUUGCCACAAUUGGUUUCAUAUCCAAUUUCACAUUCUUCUGGAUGAUUGUGUUUAAUAUGUGUUGCUUGUAUUUCCAGACGUUUUAACUCGUUUGUUACAAAUAGUGCAAACGGCAGUACCAUCUUCUUUUUUGGAAUAUGACCAUAAUCUACUUCUCUUCAUAUUUUGAAAUUAAAAUUAAGUAUCAAUUUAUUAGCAACCAACAGGUACAACACGUGUACAUGUCUAGGGAUGCAACGAUAUAUCGGAAAACCGAUAAAUAUCGAUAUAUCGACAACUAAAAAUAUCGAUAUCGACGAUACGCUGAUAUCGAUAUCGAAAAAUUCAAUAUAUCGCAUCAAAAUAUCGAUAAACCCAACCAAAUUAGAAUACCCAUGUAAUCGGGCAACUGGCAACGUGACUACACUGACUCUAGAAAAUGAGCUAUGACGAUAUGACAAGUGUAUAUGUUUUGUGAUAUGACAUGUGACAUGUACACGUGUUGUACCUGUUGGUUGCUGAUAAAUUAAUACUCAAUUUUAAUUUCAAAAUAUGAAGAAAAGUAGAUUAUGGUCAUAUUUCAAAAAAGAAGACGGUACUGCCGUUUGCACUAUUUGUAACAAACGAGUUAAAACGUCACAUAUUAAACACAAACAUCCAGAAGAAUGUGACAUUGAACGUAUUUUUUCAAAAGCAGAAGCCACUAUAACUCAGAGCAGAAACCGGCUACAAGGAAGCAGACUGCCAAAGUUACUAUUUUUAAGUUCAAUAGCUAGUACAAGAUACUGGAAUUAAUUUUCCCAAAUAAAUGUAUGGAAAGAAAAAUACAUUUUAUAUACCUAUCCGAAUUUUGUUUCACUUUACAUACAUAAGUAUAAAAAUUUAUAUACAUACAUCAUCGAUAACUGUUUGAUAUAACUGAAACAACAUUGGAUUUCAAAUUUCUGUAAGCUUCCAAAAAAAUAUGAAAUAUCGAUAUAUCGGCUUAAUAGACCCAUAUAUCGAUAGAUCGAUAUAUCGAUGUUUAUAAAAAGUUUGCAUCCCUAGGUACAACACGUGUACAUGUCACAUGUCAUAUCACAAAUAUCGUCAUACCUCAUUUUCUAGAGAGUCAGCGUUGUUACGUUGCUAGCGUUUUACCCAAUUAUGUGGGUAUUCUAAUUUGGGUGGGUUUAUCGAUAUUUUGAUACGAUAUAUUGAAUUUUUCGAUAUCGAUAUGGCGUAUCGUGGAUAUCGAUAAGUAUCGAUAUUUUUAGUUGUCGAUAUAUCGAUAUUUGUCGGUUUUCCGAUAUAUAGUUGCAUCCCUCAUCCUGACGUACUGUCUUGAGGGGCAAAAUAUUGAAAUUUGAUUUUGAGAAAUUCAUUCUAGAAAUGAUAUUGAGGAUACUAACUUUUCAGGUGGUCCACUUCGAAUGGAAAGUUGAUUUACUUUAAGCCCUUUUUGAUAAUUUCAUAAUAUGGUUCGUUAAUAGGCAUUUUCUUUAGAGUUCCGUUUUGAUUUGUUAAUCCUUCGAUUGCCUUAUUUAAUAAAAUAUGUUCACUUAAAAACUGUAUUUUGUAUUUUAGUAGGUUAAAUUGACAGGUAUCUAAUACAGGUGAGGAUUGUUUUCUUUCUUACUUUUUUUAUAUCAAGGAGUCGACCAAAUUGUGACCUAUACCCUACUUCACGAGUAUAAAUCACGGUACAAUGACAGCUGAUUAUUUAGUAAUAUCUCAAAAUUUCCCAUAUCUGCACAGGAUGUGUCAUUCUGACGGAUCCGUCAACGUUAGAUAGUCAGAGCCGCAUUUUGUUUUGGUUUCUUGUACGCUACAGAUUCAUUUUGUACAGCUCUUUUAUUUAGAAAAGUCGAUUUGCAUUAAAAAACAAAACGCUACAAACAAAUUAUAGCUGUUCACCCCCGUAGACAUCAAAGCGUGAUCGAUACUCGUCAAAUAGGGUAUAGGACCGGCCGGGGCGUGACAUAAUUGGUGGAUAAAAUAAUUCAAAUCUGAGACAAUUCAGAUAGAAAUCGAAAAAAAAAAUAGUGCUGACACCAUAACCAAUAAAUGUCGGAACACUCUUUUUGAUACAAAAUUAUUUAGCCCAUUCUGCUUUGAAAAUAUACUGAAGUUUGGCCAUAUAGUGGAGUCCUGACUGGUCAAUAAUGGUAAUUUCUCCGCAUAGUAGUGAAAAAAAAAGAAUUUUAUCAUGUUGCUUAUUAUAAUUUUACCACCAAUUACGUAUAUGCCUCGAUGAAAAAAUUAUUUUUUGAGGAGUAUUUUAUGCCUGCCUUUGAAAUACGAUUGAGACUGGGAACUUUUUCUACCAUUGGUACUGGAAAUGCAUAUAUAUCAUCAUGAUUUUUCUGCUUAUCAGCGUUUUGUUUAGGGAAUUGGAGCUACUUGAAACUAAUGUCUAGAAAUCAAAAUAUUAGCAUUUAGGACAGUUUAGCCUAACAAAAAUAUAACGAAAUUGAAAUGCGAAAGGCUUUGCGAGGUAUCUACCAUCUUGAAUCACAUAAAAAGUCCCUGGUUUCUGUAGCAUGUAUACCUAGGCAGCUUUUUGAAUAAAGAAAUAUAACGAGAUAUCAAGUUGCAAACACAGUCUACAAAUUCAAACUGAAGGUUGAAACGAGUGGUUCCAAAUUUCUCGACAUCUUCCAAUUUUUUUUCGUUUCAGUUUUCAUAGUUUAUCACUACACUACAUGUGUAAAUAUUAUCAAUGACUACAUGUCGUAUUAAUGUUUUGAAAUGUUAGAAAACAAUAUCAGGUGAUUAGACUAGAUUUAAUCGUAUAUGUGUUUUCAAUCAUCAUAAAUACAUUUUUUAAACUAU